AUGGCUCACCUUGCUGUGAAUCACUUUGCUGGAGGGCGUCCCCCAGGGCAACCAAAUGGCGCACUGUACAAAGAACUUUGGCAUGCUUGUGCUGGGCCACUAGUCACUGUUCCACGUGAGGGUGAACGAGUUUAUUACUUUCCGCAAGGUCACAUGGAACAGCUUGAAGCAUCAACACAUCAGGGACUAGAUCAACAACUCCCUUCAUUUAACCUACCUAGUAAGAUCCUUUGCAAAGUGAUGCAUGUUCAGCUUCGGGCUGAACCAGACACGGAUGAGGUGUAUGCUCAGAUUACAUUGAUUCCUGAACAAGACCAAAGUGAGAUCACAAGUCCAGAUCCGCCUCUACCGGAGCCAGAAAGGUGCACUGUCCACUCAUUUUGCAAGACUCUCACAGCUUCUGAUACCAGCACCCAUGGUGGAUUCUCAGUUUUGCGAAGGCAUGCUGAUGAUUGUUUACCCCCAUUAGAUAUGUCUCAGCAACCACCAUGGCAGGAAUUGGUAGCUUCUGAUCUUCAUGGAAAUGAGUGGCAUUUCCGGCACAUUUUCAGAGGUCAGCCAAGGCGCCACUUACUGACAACUGGAUGGAGUGUAUUUGUCAGUGCAAAAAAGUUAGUUGCAGGAGAUGCUUUCAUCUUCUUAAGAGGUGAAAACGGAGAACUUCGAGUUGGUGUGCGAAGGCUGAUGAGACAACUAUAUAAUAUUCCAUCAUCUGUUAUAUCAAGUCACAGUAUGCAUCUGGGAGUUCUUGCCACUGCAUCACAUGCCAUAUCCACUCGAACGUUAUUUUCAGUGUUUUAUAAGCCAAGGUUGACUAGUCGAUCUGAAUUCAUUGUGAGUCUUAACAAGUAUCUUGAAGCUAAAAGUCACAAGCUCUCUGUUGGGUUGAGGUUUAAGAUGAGGUUUGAAGGUGAAGAGGUUCCCGAACGAAGAUUUAGUGGCACCAUUGUUGGAGUCGGGGAUAAUGCUUCAUCUGGAUGGCCUGAUUCAGAAUGGAGAUCUUUGAAGGUUCAAUGGGAUGAACCAUCCUUGAUAAUACGUCCUGAUAGGGUUUCACCUUGGGAAAUAGAGCCACUGGUUGCAGCAACCCCUCCGAACUUACAGACUCAACAGAGAAACAAGAGAGCACGGCCAAUUGUUUCGCCUUCUCCAAUGCAAAAUCUAUCUCCGCUUGGCAUGUGGAGGGCACCUGCUGACUCCCCUUCGUCAUUUUCGUUUCGCGACCCUUCACAUGGUCGAGAUAUAUAUCAGUCGCCUAAACUUAUUUCGGGCACCAGAGUCAAUCCAUUGAGUUACAACGAUAAUUCAUUGCCUGUUUCAGGCAAUCCUAUGUACCAGCCUAAUCAAAUUGAAACUGCUUCAGAGUCAUUUGCACCCAUGACUGAGAAAAGGCAGGUGAAUGGGUGCAGACUAUUUGGGAUUGAGUUGCUUGACCACUCAAUAGUUGAGGACACGUCACCACCAGUCCAGCCUGGAGCAGUUGAUGAGGAUUCCGGUAUCCCUUUAGAUGCUGAAUGUGAACAACAGUCUGAACCGUCGAAUCAUAUCCUGUCUGAUGUUCCCUCAGCUAGUUGUGAACCUGAGAAGUCAUGCCUGAGAUCUUCCCAUGAGCCGCAUGGCAGGCAAAGUAGGAGCUGUACGAAGGUGCACAUGCAAGGUAUUGCUGUUGGGAGAGCAGUAGAUCUGACCAGGUUUGAUUGCUACGAGGAUCUACUUGAGAAAUUCGAGGAGAUGUUUGAAAUUUUUGGGGAACUCAGGGGCUCAACAAAGAAAUGGCAGGUUGUUUAUACAGAUUUUGAAGAUGACAUGAUGAUGGUUGGAGAUGAUCCAUGGCAUGAAUUUUGCAACAUGGUGAAGAAGAUAUAUAUCUACACAACUGAGGAAGCCAAGAGGCUUGCACCCAAGAUAAAAUUUCCUCUGCCCGACGAUAAAUCAACCAAGCUCAAUUCAGAUGCUGCUGCUGUCACUGAGGAACAAUCUUCAACAGUUGGAUCUGAUUACUGA